AUGAGUGAUAUUUCAGAAUAAAAUGACAAUAAUGAAUGCGAUUUAUCAUAUAAUAAAAAUAAAGAAUUUAUAUAUGAGCAUGAAAAAAAUUGGGAGUGGAUUCCUUGCGUAUAUGAUAUAAAAAAAAUAACUUAAGAGUCGGAAAUAACAUGGAAUUUAUCCCCUUCUAUAAUAUUAACUUUACCGUCUGAAUAAAAUGUUUAACCAAAACUUGACUUAAUUAUCAGAAAUUAAAGGCAUUUCUUAUUUAAUUAAGAACUUGGAUGGAAUUGGCAUAAAUCAUGGAAUAUUCCUGAUAUAAAUUGUACUUUAGAUAUAAAAGAUCCAACUAAUGGAGACAAAUUAUAACCGCCUUCUAAAAUAUAUGCUGAAUUAUACAUAGUCAAGGCAAUUUUAAAUUAAAUACACACAUUUCAUUUAGUCGAUGUAGGAAAUGCAAGAUAUAUAUGUGAUUUCGAUAAUUCUAAUUGUGUUUUUUCAGGAAUAAAAUUUAAUACAACUUCUUAUAAUCAUGAAGGAUCAAAAUUUCAUUUAGUAAUCGUAGUUUAUUUGCAUUAAAAUAAAUUUGAACAUCCAAAAAUAUUGGAAUCUAAAAUAUCUCCACCUAUAUUUGUUGAUUCAAGGAGAUCAGCUAGAGAUACAUAAGGACAAAAAAUUAAUGAAUUUAUAGAUCCUAUUAAAGGUGAUGUUUUAGAAGUUAUGAUGAACUCAGAUUAAAUUCCAAACAAUUUUAUAAAAUUAACAAAUAUUGAACAAAUUAAAUAAGUUUAUAUUGAAAAUUAUUAGUUUUAUAAGGAAGUUUUAGAAUAAUAAGAUGCUUUGAGAAUAAGCUGUAGCAAUACAGAAUAAAAUAUAACUAAUUAGUAUUUUAUAAAUUAGGAAACAUAAAAUAAUAAAUAAAUCAAUUUAAAUAAUAGUAAGAUUAAUUUAAAUAAUAAUACAGCUAAUACUAAUAUUAGUAAUAAUGUAAAUAAUAAUAAAAAGUAAGCUAAAAAAUAAGAAAAAUAAAAAGAACCGAAUAUAUAAAUAUAAUAAUAAUAAUAAUAAUAAUAAUAAUAAUAAUAAUAAUAAUAAUAAUAAUAAUAAUAAUAAUAAUAGUAAAUAUAAUAAUUAUAAUAACUGUAACCAAAUAAUAAUAUCCCCUAAAAAAAUUUAAACAAUUAAAUUAAUUUUUAAAAUUUUUAAAAUAAUACUUAAACUAAUUUAUUUAAUACAUAUAAUUUUUAAAAUUAAUAAUUUAAUAAAUAACAAGAUAAUAAUUUCAACUUUUAAUAAGUACCCUUAAAUGAGUAAAUAUAUAAUUAAGAUGAUUAUAUGUAAAAUAGUAAUUUCCCUAUUGUCAAUAAUGAUUAAAUUUAAAAAUAAUAAAUUCAUGAUUAAUAAAAUAAUAUGAUAAAUUAAGAAUAAUGCACCAACUAUUAAAAUAUUGUUAAUAAUGCCAAUAUAUUAAAAAAAAAGAUUUAUAUAAAAAAUAUAAUUAAAUUCAAAAUAUUAAUAAUAAUAACGACUAAUUUAUAUUAGAAAAUUAAUAAAUCAUGA